CAGGUUUUCAUUUAACAUACAGUUUGGAAUACAGUGCCAGGACAUUUCCCUGUCUGGAUCAUCAGUGGACCUUAACUUCACUGUAACAUCUAGAAGUACUUUAAAGAUGCAAGAUUGAAACCAACUGCAAUGUUAAUUGUAGGAGUAACAUCAAGUCAGUUGAAUCCACCGAAGGUGAAACUGUGAAGAGUUCAAUAUCAACGGGGAAAAAAAGGCAGAGCAGUAUGCAGCUACCCAGAGGGUGUUGAUUGAAACUUAGAUUACUCCCAAAUCACUGUUGAUUUGACUGAUGCUCCAGCUUUAUCAGAGAAAAGAUUUCAAUUAAGGUCCCUUUAGAUGGAAUUUAAUGCAGCAAAAACCUUGUCAUCAGAAGGAUUAAUGCCUGCAUUAGCAUUUCCGCAAUAAAAUCAGAAGCUAAGUGGUGGAGGCCACAGACACCUCAAACCUGGAUUCCUCUGCUCUGCAUUAAGUACUGGAGUUUUUAUUACUUGCUGUAGGGAAGCCAUUGCCAAUGCUUACAAGGAACUGCUUAUCCCUGCUUCUCUGGGUCCUGUUUGAAGGAGGUCUUGUAACGACACUGCAUCCACAACCACAACAGACUUUAGAAGCAGAGCCAAGAGAAAAUGUUGUCCCAGUGCCAGGGAGGAGGUCAUUUGCCCAGCGAGUCAAACGAGGCUGGGUGUGGAAUCAAUUUUUUGUGCUGGAGGAGUACAUGGGCUCUGAACCUCAGUAUGUUGGAAAGCUUCAUUCUGACUUGGACAAGGGAGUGGGCACUGUAAAAUAUACGCUUUCAGGAGAUGGUGCUGGCACUGUUUUUACCAUUGAUGAGACCACAGGAGACAUUCAUGCCAUAAGGAGCCUAGAUCGAGAAGAAAAACCUUUCUACACACUCCGGGCUCAGGCUGUGGAUGUUGACACCAAGAAACCACUAGAGCCGGAAUCAGAAUUCAUUAUCAAAGUGCAGGACAUUAAUGAUAAUGAGCCAAAGUUUCUGGAUGGGCCUUAUGUUGCCAGUGUCCCAGAAAUGUCUCCAGUGGGAGCAUAUGUGCUUCAAGUAAAGGCGACAGAUGCUGAUGAUCCCACUUAUGGAAACAGUGCUAGAGUGGUUUACAGCAUUCUUCAGGGGCAACCAUAUUUCUCAAUUGAUCCAAAGACAGGUGUAAUAAGAACAGCUUUGCCAAAUAUGGACAGAGAAGUGAAAGAACAGUAUCAAGUUCUAAUUCAAGCCAAGGACAUGGGAGGACAGCUGGGAGGACUAGCUGGUACUACCACUGUAAACAUUACUCUCACGGAUGUCAAUGACAACCCACCCAGAUUUCCUAAGAGUAUCUUCCAUUUAAAAGUACCUGAGUCCUCUCACGUUGGUUCUGCUAUUGGAAGGAUCAGAGCUGUGGACCCUGAUUUUGGGAAAAAUGCAGAAAUUGAGUAUAACAUAGUUCCAGGAGAUGGAGGAAACUUGUUUGACAUCACAACAGAUGAGAACACCCAGGAAGGAGUUAUCAAACUGAAAAAGCCAUUAGACUUUGAAACAAAAAAGGCUUAUACCUUUAAAGUCGAGGCCUCCAAUCUCCAUCUUGACCAUCGAUUUCACUCAGUGGGUCCAUUCAAAGAUACUGCCACUGUGAAGAUAAAUGUGUUGGACAUGGAUGAACCUCCAGUUUUCAGCAAGCCUAUGUACACAAUGGAGGUUUAUGAGGAUACACCUGUGGGGACCAUUAUAGGUGCAGUGACAGCACAAGACCUUGAUGCUGGCAGCAGCUCUGUUAGAUACUUCAUUGAUUGGAAGAAUGAUGUGGACAGCUACUUCACAAUAGAUGCUACUGAAGGAACCAUUGCUACUAAUGAAUUACUGGACAGAGAAAGUGCAGCACAGUACAAUUUCUCUAUAAUUGCAAGUAAAGUUAGUAACCCGCAAUUAACCAGCAAAGUCAAUGUUAUAGUAAAUAUCCUGGAUGUCAACGAGUUUCCUCCUGAAAUUUCAGUUCCAUAUGAGACAUCUGUAUGUGAAAAUGCCAAGACGGGACAGGUGAUACAGAUUAUCACUGCAGCAGACAAAGAUUUGUCACCAGCUGGGCAAAGGUUUUCCUUCAGACUGUCACCUGAGGCCUCCAACAAGCCAAAUUUUACAGUCCAUGACUACAGAAACAAUACAGCUGGGAUUGAAACCAGGAGAAACGGUUACAGCAGAAGGCAGCAAGAGCUGUACUUUCUUCCAAUAGUAAUAGAAGAUAGCAGUUACCCUGUCCAGAGCAGCACAAACACAUUGACUAUCCGUGUUUGCAGAUGUGAUUCUGAUGGCACCAUCCAGUCCUGCAAUGUGGAAGCAAUCUUCUUACCAGUAGGCCUCAGCACAGGAGCGCUGAUUGCAAUCUUGUUGUGUAUUGUCAUACUUUUAGUCAUUGUGGUAUUGUAUGUAGCACUACGGAGGCAGAAGAAAAAGGACACCCUGAUGACCUCCAAAGAAGACAUCAGAGAUAAUGUUAUCCAUUAUGAUGAUGAAGGGGGUGGAGAAGAGGACACCCAGGCUUUCGACAUAGGUGCCCUGAGGAAUCCCAAAGUGAUUGAAGAUAACAAAAUACGCAGGGACAUAAAACCAGACACCUUGCGUUUUUCACGGCAUAGACCACCAGUUGAAGAUAACACAGACAUAAGAGAUUUCAUUAAUCAAAGGCUGCAGGAAAAUGAUGUAGAUCCAACUGCACCCCCUUAUGACUCCUUGGCAACCUAUGCUUAUGAAGGAAAUGGAUCUGUUGCAGAGUCUCUCAGCUCUAUAGACUCCCUUACUACAGAGGCAGAUCAGGAUUAUGACUAUCUGGGUGACUGGGGACCUCGCUUUAAGAUCUUGGCAGACAUGUUUGGAGAAGAAGAAAGUUAUAACCCUGACAAAGUCACUUAAGUACAAAUACAACAGUGAAAUAAAAAAUAAAGCAACCACAAAUUUAAAAGAUAAACCUAAGCUUUAUAUAGGACAGCAUUUGUUUGAUUAAAAAAGACGGCAACUGUUUUCAGCAAGUUACUACAUUUAUCAUACUGUCAGUUUUGCUUUGAUCUGCAAACAAAAGGAAAAACCUGUAAUAUACACAGUUUUUUGUUGUUGUUAUUUUGUUACUCUGGAAUUACACUGAGACAAGCUCAGGCCUACAAGGAACAGUUUACUGACCUGACUUAGAAAGAAGAUAGCUUUCUGGCAUCACGGUGGAAGAGUGGUAGCUUUUUCGUAAUUCCACUAAAGUGCCUAUUGAAACUUUUAUCAUUUAAGUGGUAAAGAGUCUGCUGUGAUGGUGUUACAAAACUGAAUGGUAAACUGGACAAGAACUUUAAGACAAGAAGCAAUAGCAACAUGCUGACUUCUUUUAGGACAAAAAUGGAGAUAACUUCCUGGAGUAUAUCUAAUGACUAAAAUGAAGGUGGGGGUGGGGGGUGUACAUUGUGUUUGUUUGGGGAUUAUCUUUGGUUUUUUAAAAGAAGAAAACAGUAUGUCAAGAUGUCAUAUUUCUUCUUCCAAAAUUUCACUGAAAAUUUAGAUUUAAAAUUCUCUUGCUCACUCUGAAGAUGUAAAGCCCAGUUAAAGGAAAAGAUCUUAGCAGACAUCAGUGAAUAUUUAAAAUGUUCAUGCAAAUAUUACAUUUUUCCAAAAUAAUAAAAAGAUGAAAGCAGCUAUUCCUUUAUGCGAAGAAAAUUUUCCUUGGCUCCCCCUCUUCUUUUAGGACUACUAUUAGAACAUAAAAUGGAGAGGGUUUUUAAAGAGUAUUAUGGUAUUUUUAGUACUAGAACACUUUUUCCCAUGUAAGUAUCACUAAAGAAGUAUAUGUAAAGAACUCCGUACCACUUUUCUUUGCAAUUAGGUUGUUACCAUGUAGGUACCAUAGUCAUACGUACGAUAGAUAUAGUUAUUUUUCAAGUGACCACCUGCUACAAUCAGCAUACCAUUGUAUGUUACUGUCAGACCCACACCAAACAUUUUAGAAUGCCUUUUGAGGAUGGAAACCUUAUUAAUUUUGGUCUUGACAAAAUAUUAACAGAGACAGAAUAAAAAUAUAAAUCAGCACAUUUGUCCACACUCUAUGUGCAUACCCAUGCAUUAAUGCAGCUGUGCAGGUAACAGAAGUACAGAUAUGUGCAAGACAUUAUUCCAUGGAAGAUCUCUUGUAAAACUGUUCCAUGUGACUUUUUCUCAUCAUCUAAAUCACAUUUUUUAAGACAAUGUUUUAUGCCCCUUAAAGUGCAUAUAUCCUUAUAUUCUCCUUCUAAAAUCUCAGCAGUGCUAUGCAAUCUGCUUGAGCUCUACUCAUAAUUAAUGGCACUGUCAAGGUCAGCUCGAGUCUUUCAUGAAUCAGAAGUCAAGUCUACAGCCUACUUUUUGUAGUGCUGAAGAAUUAAUAGCUAUCAGAUAUAACUAGUUCACAAGUCUGAUAUUAAUAUACACAAACUUCUCUUUACUCUCUUGGGGAAAGGUAGAGGUAUUUCAAAGUUGUAUGAAUUAAUCUCCCUGUGAGACUUUAUAAGGUUUAUAGUUUAAAUGAGUUUUGGGUCAUUCAGUACAGUUGGACAGGGCUGCAUUAAAAAGCACGACUGGCUUAGCUUCUACCAGCAAAGUUCUGAGGAUGACACAGCAUACGGUAAUAAGAAAGGUUUGUGGGGUUUUUUUCAUUAUCAGAAAAGGUAUCCUAUAUUCCCUGAAAGAAAAACUAAGUCAACAACAGCUCUCUGCUCACAGGACAGAGAAGUAGAUGGAGUGCUAUGGCCUGUUUGCCAGCGUAGCAAUUUCAUGUGGAAGCUGAUGUUUUAAUUUAAUGUUUUAACAUCUUGACAGCAUAGCAAAAGCAGCUCAUUACAGCAGAGUGCACCUAAAACAGAGCUCUAAAAAAUCAUAUAUAUAUAUUUGUUACUGAUUGGAACACAGAUUUGAUUCAUACAAAAUUCACACUUGUGGAGGUACUUAGCAAUGCUUCCUCUAUUGGUAUGCAUAUGUAGCAUAUGCAUACCAAUGCUUCCUACCCUGCUGCCACUGCUAAAAUAAGCAUCUGACACUGCUCAUUUAUAGAUGUGCAGUCCUGGAGCAAAACUGUGCUCUUAGCAACUGCAUUAGUUAUUUCACUAGUAAAGUCAACAUACAUGAGAGCAGUGUUUGUUUUCUGAUAUCACGUGCCAUGCUUGCUCCUGAGACAGUUGUGUGUAUUUAUUUGUAGACUAUACUGGGUGAACAUUAGGUCUCUUGAACAGGCUGGCAUUUGCUCUAGGCAGGGCAGUCUAUAUGGGAGCCUGACUUCCAAAACAGGUAGAAAAUCUAAUCUUAAACAUGCUGCUACUCACAAUCCAUAUUUGAGAGUGAGUUUUAUGUUAAAUUUACAGCAAAUAAUUGAAUUGGGGAUUUCUUUCAAUACCAAAUUGAAAAAGUUUUGUAACUGAGAUGUUUCUAUCACAUAAUUAAUAAACUUCAAGAAGAAAAAAAUAAAAAG